AUGCCGACCGUGUUUCCGAACACUGAAUGCUGCAAAACGUGGAUCACUGGGUUUGAGCAGCAGAGGGGCGUGGUUCACCAGCGUCACCGGGCGUUGAUCAAAGGCCAAGACGCGGAUGAGAGGAACCAAAGGUGGAAUAGUGUCAAGGUCUUCGGUGAAAAGACGCCACAGCCGGUGUUGUGGUGGCUGUCGGGGCCCGAGGGGGAGUCUCUUCAGCUUCAGAUCAUCUUGUAG